UGCUGGAGGCGCGUGGAGGGUGGUCGGGCCAGGCCUUGUGUCGGGUGGGGGAGACCCGCUUCUUUCUCGGCCCGCUUUACAAAGCGUCCUUGCGUGACUCUCGAUCCGGGGACAGCAAAGACAACUUGAACACGCGUCUGAUUAUCAACAGAUACUUUUUAACUAGGUAACUUCAGCUGCCACAAUGCAGAUUUUUGUGAAAACCCUCACUGGCAAAACCAUCACCCUUGAGGUGGAGCCAAGUGACACAAUUGAAAAUGUCAAGGCAAAAAUUCAGGACAAGGAAGGUAUUCCUCCUGAUCAGCAGCGUCUGAUCUUUGCGGGAAAGCAGCUGGAAGAUGGACGGACACUCUCAGACUACAAUAUCCAGAAAGAGUCCACCCUUCACUUGGUGCUGCGUCUCUGUGGAGGAAUUAUUGAGCCUUCGCUCCGCCAGCUGGCCCAGAAGUAUAACUGCAACAAGAUGAUCUGCCGCAAGUGCUAUGCCCGCCUGCACCCCCGUGCUGUGAAUUGUCGUAAGAAGAAAUGUGGCCACACCAACAACCUGCGCCCAAAGAAGAAGGUCAAGUAAAGAACAUGGCAGGAACUGCCCCCAUCCCUUCUUCUAGGACCUGGCUGUGGUGUCCCACCAACGUGAUUCAUCUUCACCUCCUCUCAUCAGAGGCCAUUUUCCCCUGCCACUUGGAAUAAAACAUUCAGUGCACCAAA